AUGUCUUUUCCAUUUCAGAUAAUCGAGCAUGUAAUCCCUGGCCAACAUAUUAGAGAAUACCCGCAAAGCACCAGAGGGAAACAAGAGACACCCCAUCAUAUCGCCAUCAAACAAUACAUCCCCAUCGACCGUCCCUCUCCGAUACCUGAUAAUGCAAUCACCAUCAUCGGGAGCCCGGGCAAUGGUUCCCCUAAGGAGGCCUUUGAGCCCCUCUGGGAGGACCUACUUACCGAAUUGAAACAGAAAGGAAUUCCUCUGCGUGGAAUAUGGAUAGCAGACAUGUCCAACCAGGGAGCAAGCGGGGUUCUCAAUGAACAUAUUCAGGGUGAUCAAACAAACUGGCACGACCACUCGCGUGACCUCCUUCACAUGAUCAAUCAUUUUCGUGAUGACAUCCCUCGUCCCAUAAUCGGUGUCGCGCAUAGCAUGGGUUGCGCCCAACUCGUAAACCUCUCAAUAAUUCAUCCACGUCUUCUCUCAACGCUCAUUCUCUUUGAUCCCGUCAUCCUCGAUAUCUCUUUUGGGGGCCCCAACCCAGGCCUUCCCUCUAGUCUGCGCCGUGAUCUCUGGCCGAGCGCCGAGCAAGCUAAAACCUCAUUAUCGAAAGGCUUACGUAAAUGGGAUCCCCGCGUUCAAGAAAGAUACAUGAAAUACGCACUCCGUAACGUACCGACAGCUAUUUACAACCCUUCUGAUCCGAAUGUGGGUCCAGACGCCGUGACAUUGACGACAACAAAGCAUCAGGAAGCAUGGAACUACUUCACGACGAAUCUCGAACAUGAAUCUCUGGAUAGACUAUUGCUACCCGAUUGGCAUUCUGAGAAGGAGCGGCCGUAUAUCUUUUCCCGACCGGAGUGCAUGGCAGCUAUGAGGAGCCUGCCGUUCCUGAGACCGAGUCUGCUGUGGAUUUUUGCGGAGAAGAGUUAUCUUUCUCCUCCUAGAGCACAGGAUGAAAAGAUGCGCAUCACUGGGACUGGAAUAGGUGGGAGUGGGGGUGUCAAAGCCGGGAUGGUAGAGAAGGUCGUUCUGAAAGAUGGAUUACAUACGCUUGUUUUUGAGAAUGUGGGAUGGUGUGCUCAGACUGGGGCUGACUGGAUUCAGAAGUGGUUUGAUGGGUGGUUGGCGGAUGAGAAGUUUUGGUCCGAAUAUCAGAGUCGGCAGUCGGAUGCGGAGAUGCUAAGAUUGUCGAAGGAGGCUAGUGUUCUAGCAAUGAUGCCUUGCGGGACGAAAAGGGGGGAUUUUCCAAAGGGGAAGCUGUAA